UUUAUUUACAAAUCUUGCUUACUUUGACAGGUGAGUCUAUUCAAAUGUUAAGUUACUGUUUUAGAGGGCUUUUACCAUAUUUUUUUCUUAAAACAUAUUUGCAGCGUGUAUUUUUUUCCUCAGUUGCUGUUUCGGGUAAUAUGGAAUAUUCCAUAUUAUACUGCUUCUAGGUAUCCCAUAUUACCCGAUGUUUUUGUUUUGAGAUUUAACGAUAUUUGUGAAGAGACAAAAAGCCUAAUUAUCAGCAAAACUUGGGUCGUUUUGCGUAUGAAACAAGUUUUUUUUUUGCAGAAACUAUGUCGGCAAGAAAAAGAAAGCAAUGGCAGUCUGAUGAUAUGCGCAAAGCAAUUGAAGAUGUUAGAAGUAACAGGUUGGGCUAUUUGUCAGUUGCAAAACGUUAUAGCGUUCCACGAGCAACACUUCAUCGCUUGUGCAAUAAAGAAGGUUCUCCUGAUACUGUUUGCAGUACUACAUUAGGCCGAAAAACAGCUUUGCCACCGGAAUUGGAAACAGAACUAGUGAAGUAUUUGUUGAUAAUGGAUCAAAAGUAUUAUGGAUUAACCAGAAAAGAUUUGCGAUCAAUGGCUUUUCAGCUGGCUCGACGCAACAGGCUUCCACAUCCAUUUUCAUUUUUACGGGAAUCAGCUGGAAAAGACUGGUUGUAUGGUUUUAUGAAAAGGCACAAAGCUUCUUUGAGCAUUCGAAAACCAACUGGCACUUCUCUUAUUAGAGCUCUCGGUUUUAAUAAGGAAGACGUCAAUGAGUUUUUUAACCUGCUUGAGAAACUUAUGACAGAAAAAACUUUCAUUGUGACAGGAUUUACAAUGUUGAUGAGACGGGGUUAUGUAUUGUACAAUCCAAAUGUCCCGAAGUUGUCUCAAAAAGAGGCAAACGACAAGUAG